UGCAUGAACACACGCUAAAUUCCUCCACCCCAAAUUAUAAGAAGACACCGGCAUCUCCCCGCCCUAAUUUCCAACACCACACACCCCUCCGCACUGAUCGACCGGCACGAUGAGCAAGCCCGCGAUCAUCGGCGCUUCGACGGUGCUGGUGGUGGCCGUGGUGGCCGCCGUGUGCGUGGUGUCGUCCAAGAACAACAACGGCGGCGGCGGCGGCGGCGAAGAAGGCGGGCAGCUGAGCACCUCCGUCAAGUCCGUGAAGGCCUUCUGCCAGCCCAUGGACUACAAGGAGACGUGCGAGGCGGAGCUGAGCAAGAUGAGCGGCGACAAGCCCACCUCCCCGACGGAGCUCGCCAAGGCCAUCUUCGAGGCCACCUCCGCCAAGAUCAACAAGGCCGUCGCCGAGUCCGCCACGCUCGAGGAGCUCAAGAACGACAAGCGCACCUCGGGGGCACUCCAGAACUGCAAGGAGCUCCUCGAGUACGCCGUCGAGGACCUCAAGACCAGCUUCGACAAGCUCGGCGGCUUCGAGAUGACCGACUUCAAUAAGGCCGUCGAUGACCUCAAGACCUGGCUCUCCGCCGCGUUGACAUACCAGGAGACAUGUCUUGACGGCUUCCUUAACACCACCGGGGACGCCUCGGCCAAGAUGAAGGGCGCUCUGAAUGCCUCCCAGGAGCUCACGGAGGACAUCCUGGCCGUGGUUGACCAGUUCUCGGCUACCCUUGGUAGCCUCAGCUUCGGCAAGCGUCGGCUCCUCGCUGAUGAUGGUGCCCCCACGUGGAUGACGGAUGGGAAGAGGCGCCUCAUGGAGGCUUCUGCCGGAGCACCAUCCUCGUCGUCGUCGUCGUCGCCGAUGGAUUUCGAACCCAACGUGACGGUGGCGGCGGACGGCAGCGGCGACUUCAAGACGAUCAACGAGGCGCUGGCCAAGGUGCCGCCCAAGAGCACGGCGAUGUACGUGAUGUACGUCAAGGCGGGGACGUACAAGGAGUACGUGAGUGUGGGGCGGCCCAUCACCAACCUGGUCAUGAUCGGCGACGGAGCCGAGAAGACCAUCAUCACCGGGAACAAGAACUUCAAGAUGAACCUCACCACCAAGGACACGGCCACCAUGGAGGCCAUCGGCAAUGGGUUUUUCAUGAGGGACAUCAGGGUGGAGAACACGGCGGGGGCGGCCAACCACCAGGCCGUGGCCUUGCGUGUCCAGAGCGACCAGGCCGUCUUCUUCCAGUGCACCUUCGACGGCUACCAGGACACACUCUACACCCAUGCCCAACGCCAGUUCUUCCGGGACUGCCGCAUCACCGGCACCAUCGACUUCAUCUUCGGCAACUCACAAGUGGUGAUCCAGAACUGCCUGAUCCAGCCUCGGAAGCCGAUGGACAACCAGGUGAACAUCAUCACGGCGCAGGGGCGGCGCGAGAAGCGCUCCGUCGGCGGCACCGUCAUGCACAACAACACCAUCGAGCCGCACCCGGACUUCGUCUCCUCCACGGGCAAGAUCGCCACCUACCUUGCCAGGCCAUGGAAGGAGUACUCCAGGACGAUCUACAUCCAGAACAACAUCGGCGCCUUCAUCGACCCCAAAGGGUGGCUCGAGUGGAACGGCAACUUCGGGCUCGAGACCCUCUUCUACGCCGAGGUCGACAACCAUGGCCCCGGCGCCGACAUGAGCAAGCGCGCCAAGUGGGGCGGCAUCAAGACGGUCACCUAUGAGGACGCCCAGAAGGAGUUCACUGUGGAGACGUUCAUCCAGGGGCAGCAGUUUAUCCCCAAGUUUGGCGUGCCUUACAUCCCUGGGUUGCUCCCACAGUCAGAGGAUGGGAGGGCGCACUGAUCAAUUCAAUUAUGCAUAUGUUGAGUUUAAUUGUGACAAUAUAUGUAUAUGUGUGUGUGUAUUGGUGCUAAACACACCAUGAUUAACUUAUACACGUGUACUACUACUAGUAAUCUAGAUUUAAUUUGGAGGGGAGCAAAAUGUGUAUUGUAUAUAUGUACACACUAAUUUGAUUUGAGAUUUUCAUUUCUC